ACUUCCGCAGCUUCAUCUCCUCAGCAUCGCAGGUCGGAUCACGUGCGGGCUCUGUCACGUGACAUCAGGUCACGUGAGGCCGGUCACGCCCCGGGCAACUUGGCUGGGACCGGGCUUCCGGGGCUCUGCGGUCCUCUGCGCGUGCGGGUGGCCUCGGAGCCCACCGAGCCGGGCGGCUGGGAUGAUGAACCGGACGACCCCAGACCAAGAGCAGGCGCCGGCGUCGGAGCCCGUGUGGGAGCGGCCGUGGUCGGUGGAGGAGAUCCGUAGGAGCAGCCAGAGCUGGUCGCUGGCGGCCGACGCGGGCCUACUACAGUUUCUACAGGAAUUCUCACAGCAAACUAUCUCUAGGACCCAUGAAAUCAAGAAACAAGUGGACGGACUAAUACGGGAAACCAAAGCCACAGAUUGUCGCCUGCAUAAUGUCUUCAAUGACUUCCUUAUGCUCUCUAAUACCCAGUUCAUUGAAAAUCGUGUAUACGAUGAAGAAGUGGAGGAGCCAGUACUCAAGGCUGAGGCAGAAAAAACAGAGCAGGUACUUGUAGUUUGUUUUCAGCUGAAACAUUUGAUAGUUUAUUCCUUUCAUGAUGUACAGGAUCUAUACAUUGAUCGUCCUUUGCCAUAUCUCAUCGGGUCAAAGCCGUUCAUGGAACAAGAAGAUGUAGGUCUUGGAGAGCUGUCCAGUGAAGAAGGCUCUGUGGGCAGUGAUCGUGGCAGCAUUGUGGACACUGAGGAAGAGAAAGAAGAGGAGGAGUCAGACGAAGAUUUUGCCAAUCAUAGUGACAAUGAUCAAAACCGGCACACCACACAAAUGAGUGAUGAGGAAGAGGAUGAUGAUGGCUGUGACCUUUUCGUUGACUCCGAGAAGGAGGAGGAAGAUAUUGAGGACAUUGAAGAAAAUACUAGACCUAAAAGAAGCAGACCUACAUCGUUUGCUGAUGAGCUGGCUGCCCGCAUCAAGGGGGAUGCCGUGGGCCGAGUGGAUGAGGAGCCUACAACCUUAUCCUCAGGAGAAGCAAAACCUCGGAAGACACUCAAAGAGAAGAAGGAAAGGAGAACUCCUUCAGACGAUGAAGAGGAUAACUUAUUCGCACCUCCCAAGCUGACCGACGAGGACUUCUCGCCAUUUGGCUCUCGAGGCGGCCUGUUCAGUGGGGGCAAGGGGCUCUUUGAUGAUGAGGACGAGGAGAGUGACCUCUUCAUGGAAGCCCCCCAGGAUCGGCCAGCUGGAGGCUCUGUUAAGGAGGAGUCUUCCUCAUCCAAACCUGGAAAGAAAAUCCCAGCAGGAGCCGUUUCUGUAUUUUUAGGAGACACGGAUGGGUUUGGUGCUGCCUCGCAUUCCAUCACUGCCCCGAGAAGCCCUGAGCAGCCCACUCCCAAGGAAGAGGCCCUACCUCCCUCCCCACUGUCAAGAAACAACAUAACUUUUUAUAUUUAUUCUUCGGGAGAGAAGAAUUUUUUAAUCUGUGAAUUUUAUGAUAGGAUGUUUGAUCUUAGUGUAAUUUUAUGCCUUGGUAUUUUUAAAGGCAAAGUCCAAUCCACUGCCAAUAUCUUUGGUGAUGAAGAAGGAGAUCUGUUCAAAGAAAAAGCCCAAGCAUUGCCAGAAGCCACUGUGAGUCAGACAGAUGAAAAUAAAGCAAGAGCAGAAAAAAAGGUAAGCAGGAGGGAAGAGUUAACGCAGGAGCAUAAAUUCGCCACACAAUGCAUCCGCAAUGUAAGAAAGCAUUCACCUACGGAUGAGUACCCAUCCAACGGGGCAAAGCGGCUGUUGGAGGGUUGUGUCACACAAGAUAAUCUUUUUGGGGGUACAGCUGCUAAGAAGCAGACAUUGUCUCUACAAGCUCAGAGACAAGAGAAAGCAAAACCCUCCGAGCUCUCCAAAAAGAAAGCAUCUGCCCUGUUGUUCAGCAGUGAUGAGGAGGACCAGUGGAAUAUUCCUGCUUCACAGACCCACUCAGCAUCUGACAGCAGGUCUAAAGGAGAACCCAGGGAUUCUGGGACCCUCCAGGGCCAGGAGGCCAAGGCUGUGAAAAAGACAAGUCUCUUUGAGGAAGACGAAGAAGAUGAUCUGUUUGCCAUUGCUAAGGACAGCCAAAAGAAGACCCAGAGAGUGUCACUCCUCUUUGAAGACGAUGUUGAUAGCGGAGGGUCUCUGUUUGGCUCUCCUCCUACAUCUGUUCCUCCUGCAACAACGAAAAAAGAGACUGUCUCUAAAGCACCACCUUUGCUGUUCAGCGACGAAGAAGAGAAGGAGGCACCACUUGGAGUAAAGCCUGUGGAUAAGAAGGUUGAGAGUGCCAAGGAGUCGUUAGAAUUUGGGAGAACUGAUGUGGCUGAGUCAGAAAAGGAAGGACUUUUGACUAGAUCUGCUCAGGAAGCAGUCAAGCGUUCUGAUUUAUUUUCUUCAUCAUCCCCAUUGGACAAAGGAACCAAGGCUAGAACCAAAACUGUUCUUAGCUUGUUUGAUGAGGAAGAGGAUAAAAUGGAAGAUCAAAACACUAUCCAGGCUCCCCAGAAAGAAGUAGGAAAGGGCCGCGAUCCUGAUACCCGCCCCAAGAGCACAGGUGUCUUCCAGGAUGAAGAGCUCCUUUUCAGCCACAAGCUCCAAAAGGACAAUGACCCAGAUGUUGACCUUUUCGCUGGCACCAAAAAACCCAAGCUGUUAGAGCCAAGUGUUGGGAGCCUGUUCGGGGAUGAUGAAGUUGAUGAUCUUUUCAGCUCUGCCAAGUCCCAGCCUUUGGUACAAGAGAAAAAGAGAGUAGUGAAAAAAGACCACUCUGUUGACUCUUUCAAAAACCAGAAACAUCCUGAAUCCAUUCAAGGUAGUAAAGAAAAAGGCCUAUGGAAGCCGGAAACACCUCAGGCAAAUUUAGCGAUCAACCCCGCGGCCUUGCUGCCCACAGCGGCUCCCCAGAUCUCUGAAGUAAAGCCUGUUUUGCCAGAAUUGGCUUUUCCUUCAUCUGAACACAGAAGGAGCCACGGUCUGGAAAGUGUGCCUGUUCUUCCCAGGAGUGGGGAGGCCGGUGUGAGUUUUGAUCUUCCAGCUCAGGCAGACACCUUACACAGUGCAAACAAGAGCCGUGUCAAGAUGAGAGGGAAGCGUAGACCACAGACCCGUGCAGCUAGGCGGCUGGCUGCCCAGGAGUCCAGCGAGGCUCAGGACAUAAGUGUCCCCAGAGGACCCAUUGCACAGUGGGCUGAUGGUGCCAUUUCCGCAAAUGGCCAUCGGCCACAGCUCAGAGCAGCCAGUGGAGAAGACAGCACUGAGGAGGCCCUGGCAGCUGCCGCUGCACCUUGGGAAGGUGUUCCUGUGCCUGGAGUGGACAGAAGCCCCUUUGCAAAGUCCAGAGGGGAGGCUGACCUUUUUGAUUCUGGGGACAUCUUUUCCACGGGCACUGGAUCUCAGUCCACGGAGAGAACAAAACCCAAGGCAAAGAUAGCAGAGAAUUCUGCCAACCUGCCAGUGGGUGGUAAAGCAAAAAGCCCCGUGUUUCCUGCUCUAGGCGAGGCCAGCAGUGAUGAUGAUCUCUUUCAGUCUGCGAAACCAAAACCAGCAAAGAAAACAAAUCCCUUUCCUCUCCUGGAAGAUGAGGAUGACCUCUUUACAGAUCAGAAAGUCAAGAAAAAUGAAACAAAAUCCAGUAGUCAGCAGGAUGUCAUAUCAACAACACAAGAUAUUUUUGAGGAUGAUAUAUUUGCUACGGAAGCAAUUAAACCCUCUCAGAAAACCAGAGAGAAGGAGAAAACAUUGGAAUCCAAUUUAUUUGAUGAUAACAUUGAUAUCUUUGCUGACUUAACUGUAAAACCAAAAGAAAAGUCCAAAAAGAAAGUGGAAGCCAAGUCUAUAUUUGAUGAUGAUAUGGAUGACAUCUUCUCCUCUGGUAUCCAGGCUAAGACAACCAAACCAAAAAGUCGAUCUGCACAAGCCGCACCUGAACCAAGAUCGGAACACGAGGUGUCCAACAUCUUUGAUGAUCCCCUGAAUGCCUUUGGAGGCCAGUAGAGCAUACAGGGUAUCCACGUUAUCCUGCAGCUACACUGUUGAGUUAGUGAUGAUGUUGUAUAUGCUUAUGGUCUUAACUGGGUUACAAAAAGCAAGUAUUAGAAGAGCUAGCUCAUCUUUUACCCAAUGUACUUAGUAUUUUUCUGCACUGGUUUAAUCAUGCUUAAUACUACAAAACAAAAAUAAGUAUUUCACAGUGGUUGGUUUGUUUUGUUUUUAAACCAUAGUUUGAUUUAGUUAGCCUUGCUGGGGCCAUAAUAUGCUUCAGGAUGUGUAAAAGAAGCAAUCUCUUUGUGGCUUUCAUGGGUAGUCAGGGAAUCUCAGAGAUAGCAAAUGCCACAUGACCAGGAGUCUUUGUUAUAUGGAUGGGAACCCUAACUUAGGGCCUGGGCAGGUGAAAGAGAAAGAAGGUGAGAGAUUAUACUUCAUGAGUCUUAGCAAUAUGGGAGCAGGUUUUCACUGAAUUCUGAAGGUGCCUCUGCAUGUCCUCCAAGGCAGGGUUUGGCAAACUAUGGCCCCCCCACUGUCGUAUUUUGUUAAUAAAAUUUUAUUGGAACACAACCACA